CUCCCUUAAAACUUCCAUCUCAAACUUGAAGCCCACAUUUUUCUACCUCUUUUAUCAACCACUGCUGCUGCUGCAAACUGACCCUUGUGGUGGGUAGUGUCACCAGAGCUGAGCCAUGGCCUCGGCUGGCCUCUCCAUAGUCAAUUCAUCCUUAUUCCAGGGAAACAGUAAAGGAUUCUCCGAAUUCGCCGGCCUCCGGAGCAGCUCUUCUACCUUUCUCCCACUUUCUCGCAAAUCCCAUGGUGAUUUACUCUCUCUUGUUGCCUUCCAGACCUCUGCUAUUGGGGUGAGUAGGAGGGGUGAGGGAAGCAGCGGCAACAGGACAGGCGUCGUGGAAGCAAAGCUGAAGGUGGCAAUAAAUGGUUUCGGGAGAAUUGGAAGGAACUUCUUGAGGUGUUGGCACGGCAGGAAGGACUCCGCUCUUGAUGUCAUUGCCAUCAAUGACACUGGAGGCGUCAAGCAGGCCUCCCACCUUCUCAAGUAUGAUUCCACACUAGGCAUAUUCGACGCGGAUGUCAAGCCUAUUGGCGACGAUGUCAUUUCUGUCGAUGGCAAGCUUAUCAAAGUCGUGUCUAGCCGCAAUCCCCUCAACCUCCCCUGGAAAGAGAUGGAGAUCGAUCUGGUGAUCGAAGGGACAGGGGUGUUUGUGGACCGUGAUGGUGCUGGGAAGCACAUAGAGGCAGGGGCCAAGAAAGUGCUCAUCACAGCUCCAGGGAAAGGUGACAUACCCACCUAUGUGGUGGGUGUCAAUGCCGAUGCCUAUGACCCGGCCGAGCCCAUCAUCAGCAAUGCCUCUUGUACCACAAAUUGCCUUGCCCCCUUUGUCAAGGUCCUUGACCAAAAAUUUGAAAUCAUAAAGGGUACCAUGACAACCACUCAUUCCUAUACCGGAGACCAGAGGCUUCUUGAUGCAAGCCACAGGGACCUUAGACGUGCACGAGCAGCAGCUCUCAACAUAGUCCCGACGUCAACUGGUGCUGCAAAGGCGGUGGCUCUUGUCCUUCCCAGCCUUAAAGGAAAACUCAAUGGCAUUGCCCUCCGUGUGCCCACACCUAACGUCUCAGUGGUGGACCUCGUUGUUCAGGUUGCCAAGAAAACUUUUGCAGAAGAAGUGAAUGGUGCAUUCAGGGAUGCUUCUGCAAAUGAGCUGAAGGGGAUCCUAUCUGUGUGUGAUGAGCCACUUGUUUCCGUGGACUUCAGAUGCAGCGAUGUGUCCUCAACGGUUGACUCUUCACUAACCAUGGUCAUGGGCGACGACAUGGUUAAGGUGAUUGCUUGGUAUGACAAUGAAUGGGGUUACUCACAGAGAGUGGUUGAUCUGGCUGAUAUUGUUGCAAACAAUUGGAAGUGAUCUUUGAUUCUCCCAUUUUCUUUUGUAGAUGUAUAUUUUUGUUGGAAUUUGCAACGAGGAUGUAAAAACAUUUUCCAUCUUUUUUGAAAUCUCAGCUUUUGAACAGGUA